AUGAAAAGAUCGCAUGAGAGUUCAUCAUCAUCUCCUCGGAUUAAAAAGACAAAAUAUGCAGCUGAAAAUCAAGCACUAGAAGAGGAAUUUAUGAGGCAUCCUUCUCAGGAUAUUAAAGAAUUUUUGGAAAAAGUGCAAGUAUUGCAAUGGAGAAUUCGAGUGAAUCCCGAUGAGCCUUUUUCUCUCGGACAAGUUUCAAAUUGUACUCUCUCGAUAACUUAUUGCUCGCUACAAGUGGACUCACUAAUUAAUGCUGCUCUACCUUCAAAAGUAAAAGAAAGAGAGGAAGCAAAGAAGAAAUUAAAAUUAAUUUUGGCUCAAGAAGAGGAAGAAGAAGCAAAAGAAAAAGAGAAAAUACCUGGAUGCGUUUUGCAAGCAUGUAUUCAAGAUGAUGAUAAGAGAAAAAAGUUUGUGUUAGCAACAUUGACUCAUCCUAUGAAGAGUGAAACAAAUUUGAAUCAAAUGUUCUCUGCAGAUGAAAUUGGUAAUUUAACUUUUGAAUUGAAAGGAAGACCAUAUUUAUUGAAAGACAAGUGUCUUGGAGUGGACAUUCAUGGUUAUGUGGAAUUUUCUCCAAAUGCAACUUUUGAGGAUAAAGCAAAAGCAUAUUUCAGAUUGAAACGAAAUUAUUUUAAAGAAAUUGUUGAAAAAUUGAAAAAAACAAAAUAUACUGAUUUGGCUCCUUGGGAAAAAUCUAAAGUAGAAAAGUAUGAAAAACAACAACAACAAAAGAGAGAUGAAGAAGAGGAAGCAGAGAGGCUGAAAGAAGAUUAUACUGAACCUAAGGAGUUUGAAAGGCAAGGUGUUCAAAUUACCAACGUUUUUGUUGGACAUGGCAGAAAGGCACAAAUAGGAGAUAAGGUCACUAUCUAUUACAAAGGAAGAUUGGAUCCAGACAAAGUUAAAACUUUUGAUAGAAGUACCAGAAGAAAUCCAUAUAGCUUUAGACUUGGCACAAAAAAAGUUAUCAAGGGCAUCAACAUUGGAGUUGAAGGUAUGACAGUAUGUGGAAUCAGAGAGUUGGUGAUCCCUCCAGAAAAAGGAUUUGGUGAGAAGGGAAUUAUCGACAAGGUUCCUCCCAAUGCUACUCUCUUUUAUGAUAUUGAACUCUUGGAGUUAACACCAAAGAAGCAAUAUGACAAGGAAUUGGUGGACAAGAAUAAGGAGAAGCAAGAGAAAGAGAAGGCAAAGAAAGAUAAACGUAGUGCUAAUACUCUUGUGAAAGAUUUAGUCAAGGAGAAAAAGAAAGAGAGCACAAAGAAGAAGAAAAAGACAAAUAAAUAA